GCAUUGAAAAAAGACCAAGUUUAUAGGAAAGUUCUAGACCCUUGUAAGAAGACCCGCUCUGUCUGAACAUAUCUGUUGAUCAGUUUUUACAAAUAAGGCAGAAAAUCAGAAAUUGAAGCCACAUUUACAAUCUCAGACACAGCUAAUCCUUACGUCAUCCCUUACAUCACCAUCGAAUUUUCAAUCGGUCAUUCAAUUCAUUGUGCAUAUAAAAUACAACUAAAAACUCUGAAAUCUUCGACAAACCCUAAAAAAACAAAACUUGAAGAAAAAUAGUCAAAUUGUAAAAUUUGUUGGUCAAAUGAGUGAGAAAAUGGGUGCAACAGGAGAAGGAUUUCUUGCUAAAGAAUAUGGAUAUGUUGUUUUAGUUUUGGUUUUCUAUUGCUUCUUCAAUUUUUGGAUGGCUUUUCAAGUCGGCAAAGCAAGAAAAAAGUAUAAGGUUUAUUAUCCAACUCUAUAUGCAUUGGAAUCUGAGAACAAGGAAGCCAAACUCUUCAAUUGUGUCCAGAGAGGGCACCAGAAUUCAUUGGAAAUGAUGCCAAUGUUUUUCAUAUUGAUGAUUUUGGGUGGAAUGGGGCAUCCUUGUAUUUGUGCUGGGCUUGGUGUUGCUUACAUUAUUUCUCGCUAUUUCUACUUCACUGGCUACUCAUCUGGUGAUCCUGAGAAACGUCUAACUGUUGGGAAAUAUGGUUUCUUUGCCAUGUUGGGUCUGAUGAUCUGCUCAAUUUCUUUCGGAGUCAAGCUUCUUAUUGCUUGAGAAGUUGGUCUUUCCUGCAAGCUUCGCACACCAAUGCUUUUUCCUUACAUCUUCAUGUUUUAUGUGUACUACUUUUGAGUAAACAUUAGUUAACUUUACAAGUUUUACAGACUAAGGCUUCUAAUAAAUCCCAUGUAAUUGAGCAGUUGUUUAAAGUGAAAAAAAUAUACGAGGGAACUAAUUUAAUCUCUUUGCUGUCAAACUAUGCGAAUUCCUUUUACUA